AUGAGCCCCGAGCAGCUGUCCGAGUUCCAAGGGAUGCUGUCCGACCCCGUCAUGCUCUUCAUCGGCGCUGCAGCGGUGUCCCUGAUCGGCAUCGCCAUCGCAGCCUACACCUUCGAGCCCUCCACAGGGCAGACGAUCUUCUCAUCCCGCGACGAGGACGAGGGCCCGCCGACUGUGUCGAAUGCGGUGCUGGUGUUUGGCGCUACGGGGCGCACGGGCAAGCUGCUGGUGAAGGCGCUGGCGGAGUCCGGGCGCGACGUGGUCGCGGCGGUGCGCGGCGACGCGGAGGCCGGCGCGGAGAAGCUCGGCGAGCUCGGGCUGGUCCCGGACAAGCGCGGUCAGGGCGGGAUGGGCACUGUGGUGGUGCGCGGGGGCGCCAACGUGGCCGAGGCGCGAUGCCUGACGGCGGAGCUGUUCGAGGGGGUCACGCAGGUCGCGAUCGCGACGGGCUCGAUCUUCGGGGAGGACGAGCAGGGCGUGAAGGGCUACGUGGACGGCAUGACGCCCGAGGUGGUGCACUUCAAGGGCAAUGAGAACAUUGCUCAGGCAGCGGCGAAGUUCCUGCCUGCGGAGGACAGCGUGUCUGCGGAGACGAAGAUCCGGCUGCUGGCGACGAAGGACGUCGCGAAGUGGGAGAAGCAGGACGACACCAUCAUGGGCGGCACCUCGACCUCCGCCAUGGACAUCGGGAGCGACUUCGAGGGCGCCAAGUGGGCGGGCAACCUCGUCGCGGAGGGCGGCGGCUUCUGCGGCAUCCGCACGCUGCUCAACCCGGGCAUCGACUUCCGUUCGUUCGACGGCAUCGCCAUCCGCGUGCGCUCGCCCGAGGCCGGCCGCUUCAAGAUGAAUCUCAAGGCCCGCUCCAUGAUGGAGACGCCCGAGGUGACGUACCAGGCGUCCUUCGACGUCCCCGGCGGCAACAUCUGGACCGACGUCCAGCUCUUCUGGCGCGAGUUCGUGCCAGUGCGCAAGACCAUGACUGACACGAAGCUGCCGCCGCUCGGACCGGACGCGCUGAAGGACGUGGCGUCGAUCGCGCUGGUGUACUCGCGGUUCUCGUUCAACAAGGCCGCGAACCCGUACUGCUGGCCCGGGCCGUUCCAGCUGGACAUUGCUGCGAGCGGCAUUCAAGGAUUCAGGUCUCCCAGGACGCAGGUGGUCCUGCUGUCGUCCGCGGCGGUCGAGCGCAACGCGCGCGUGGGCGACGACGCCGAGGCGCGCGACAAGGAGAUCCCGAUCGUGAAAUUGAACCCGGGGGGGGUGUUGAACUGGAAGUACAAGGGCGAGAACGCGGUGCGGCGCAGCGGGCUGCGGUACGCCGUCGUGCGCUCGACCGGCAUGCUGCGCGACGACGAGCAGGAGGGCGGGCCCUUCUUGAUCGAGGCGCGCCAGGGCGACGAGAUCAGCGGCGCCAUCUCGCGCCCGGAGCUGGCGCAGGUGCUCAUGUCGGCGCUGACGCCGGGGAUGGGCACGGACGCGGCGGCGUUCAAGACGAUCGAGGUGCGGCGGCAGGAGGCCAAGAGCGACGCCGGCAAGGCCAUGACCGACGGGCUCUUUGAGCGCAUGUGGCUGCUGGCGGUGGGCGACUCCGUGCGGCCGCGGUUCGGGCUGCCGCUGAUGCCGGCGGAGAGCGAGCCGCCCGCGGCGCCGAGCGAGGAGAAGAAGAAGGAGGUCCUCGCCGACGAGAUGGUUCGGAAUUCCAUCCGCAAGGGGCGCGGCGCGGCGACGCGUGUGGUGUCGUCGCUGGACGCGAGCGUGGACGAGGACGCGGACGUGGCGGCGCUGACGCAGCCGCCGGCGCGGGCGUGGAUCGCGGCGUGGCAGGCGAAGCAGGAGGGGGGGGAGUCGGAGGGGUACGACAUGAAGGCGGCGGUGGCUGACGCGGAGGCGGGGGGGUCGGCGGUGCCGGUGGGGGGCUCGGCAGCGGAGGCGCGCGAGUGGAUCGAGCAGUGGCGGGCGUCGCAGAACGUCGAGACCGCGCGGUCGUCGACGUAA